AUGUAUUCGGAUGAACUUUUACAACAGCUCAAUACGUUGCUUCAUCAAGACUCGGAUUUGGCUACAUUGGAUCAUCCUAAAAAAGGUUCCUAUUUUCAUAUCCUAAUUCGAAAUUCACAACAGGGUCAAGAAAAGAUUGCUUUUCGAAUGAUUUAUGCAUUGAGUAAUGCUGGUGCUGAUCCUAAUGUAACAAAUGACAAGGGUAAUACACCAUUACAUGAAGCUAUCAUUCGGCAUUGUCCUGAUACUACAUUAGAUAUAAUUCAGGCUUUAUUUCGUGUUGGCGUGGAUCCGUGCAUCGUUAAUCAUCAAGGCAAAACAGCUGAUGCUUAUAUUGAAGGUAAUAAUCCUCAAUUAACAGCUCUAUAUAGAGGCUACAAUGAAGGUAUCUGGACUGCCGUAGAAACUGGGAAUUCACAAGAAAUCGAGCGAUUAAUUAAAGGCUUUAUUAAAGUAGAUUGUAAGCAUAAUUCUAAUAAAUCAUUAUUAGACAAAGCUAGUGAUCUUAAUUGUCCGUCAAUUACUGAUUUACUUGCUGAUUAUCAAGUAACAAAUGAAUUUCUUCACUCAAUAUUAGCAUGUGAUUGGGAUCGAGCUUCAAUUAUAUAUCAACAUGAAAGUAAAUUCUUAAAGUUCAAUGCAUUUGAUUCCAUUCAUAGAUUAACAUGCAUUCGAACAUAUUCAAAAUCAUUAUUAGAAUAUUGUCUUGAUACACAAUCUUCUAAAUCUCUCGAUAUUUUAUUUAAUUCUUCAACAAUAAAUAUUAAUGUAAAUAUUUUAUGUACAGACGGUUUACCUUUAUUUUUUCAUUGUUUUAAUGAAAUUAUAUCUAAUGAUGUACGAAAAAUUAUUUUAUCAAAGUCUGAUAUGUAUACCAAAUCUUCGAAAGGUGAAACAUUCCUUUUUCAUCUUAUAAAUUUAUAUUCUAAAAAUGAAAAUCAAGAAUAUUUAAAUGUUUUUAAAGCUAUUCUUUACCAUCAUCCAUUACUACUUGCCCAACGUAAUCACCAAGAGCAAACUAUUAUUGACUACAUUGAAUUUACAACAUCAACGUUAACGUAUAAUAGAUUGAGAACAUUUUAUAAUCCUAUUUUGAAUAUAUUAAUGUUACAAUUAAAGAAGCGUUUCAUAAUUGAACAAUUUAUUUUAAAUCAAUUUGGUUAUUAUCUAUUAAUAUUUUUUCGAAAAAAAACAUUACCAAUGAAAACACAAGUGUAUGAUUUAUUAUACUCAUUGCAAUCUGAUACAGGUUUACCUGCUGUCAUAUCAGAUUUGAAACAAGCUGUGGCGGAUGAUAAUUUUGUCAAAUUAAAACAGAUCUCGAAAAUUAAACCAAAUGCAUUCUAUGCGAAGGAUUCAUUUGGAAGACGAUGUACACAUCUAGCCGUACUUUAUCAAAGAUAUCAUAUUUUAAAAUUCAUCUGUGAUAACUACAAUGAUGUAAUCAACACCGGAGAUAAUCUUAAUCGCACAUGUUAUCAUUAUGCAUGUAUAAUGAACGAUAAAAAAUCUAUUGAAAUUCUUGAACAACACAAUGCCCAACAAAUUAUUGAUUGUAUGAAUUUAAAUCCCAUGGAUUAUUUAAUGCGUCGUGACUUAUGUUCUGAAGAAUUUCAUGCUCAUGAUUUUCUAAAAAGUGAAUUGGAAAAAGAAUCGUCAGCAAUCAGUAAUCAUUUAAAGUUAGCUUUUUAUUCAGAUUUAAAAAAAGCUAUUGAGAGUAAUUCUGUUGAAGAUAUUAAAUCAAUUAACAAUAAAAUAAUAAAAAUGGGUUUUCAUAUUAAAUAUUUGAAUCCAAAUUCAUCUUUAACUGAUUAUAUUCAAGGUCAACGCUAUAUUCCAUUAUUAUUUCUUGCAGUUGAACAUCGUUCAAUUGCAUCAAUAAAAUGUUUACUUGAACUAGGUAUACCGUUAACUGGUCAAAUAGAUACUGUCGGCGAAUAUUCUGGUUUGAAAUCAUUUCAAGCACAAUCAGAAGAACGUCAACGUACUGAUAUAAUGGAUAUCAUUAAUAAGUUAGAGGAUACUGAUGAAUUAAAAGAUCUUUUUAAACAACAUCUACUACCAAUCGAAACAAUACCAAAUGAAAAUUUCAUUAAAGCAGACCAAGAAAAAGGUGUAACGUUGGAAAAAACAUUACAAGGACGAAACAUCACACUGAAGCAUUUUUUUAGAAGAAUGGAACGAAAUGAGAAUGAAAAGUCAAAAACUUGUAUUUUAGUUUAA